UGUCUCUUUGGCUCGCGGUGCUUAGAGAUCGCGCGGUGGGAAGGAGGAGGAGGUGGCUCCCGGAGCUUCCAGUCCUCCAAGUCCCAUUUCCAGGGAAAAGUCUUCUCCCUCCUGCCAAAAUGCCCAACUUCUCCGGGACCUGGAAGAUCCUCUCAUCAAAAGACUUUGAUGAAUUGCUCAAGGAAUUGGGAGUGAAUGUGAUGCUAAGGAAGAUUGCUGUGGCAGCUGCCUCGAAGCCGGUGGUGGAGAUCAAGCAGGAUGGAGACAAUUUCCAUAUCAAAACUUCGACCGCUGUGAGGACCACUGAGAUUAACUUCAAAAUUGGGGAAGAGUUUGAGGAGCAGACAGUGGACGGGAGGCCCUGUAAGAGCUUGGUGAAGUGGGAAAGCCAGAAUAAGAUGUUCUGUGAACAGAGACUCCUAAAAGGGGAGGGACCCAAGACCUCCUGGUCCCGAGAGCUGACCAACGAUGGAAAAUUAAUCCUGACCUUGACAGCAAACGAUGUGGUGUGCACCAGGGUCUACAUCAGGGAAUGAGUGCUGAAGGGAUGUCCUGAGAGGGUCCCCUACAUCUUGCUCAACUCUUCUGCUCCAUGGCGUCCCAGUAACCGCUCAACUCAAGAGUCUUUUGUUUACCUCGUCACUCUUUUCCUUCCAACUCUACCCAGCUAGUUCUCUGCCCUGCCCUUUGUUAUAUCUGGAAGCCAACAUCCUGGGCACUUUCUGAAGUCCCCAUCUGCUUCCUCUCACCCUCCCUAUCUCCCCUGACCUAUUCCAAGCGAAUCCCUGAUCACCUUGUCCAGGGAUUUUUGCUUCCCUCCCUCUGUCUCUGAUCAGGAGACUCAGCCCAGGAGAGAUUCUCUCCAUUUCUGAGAGAUCCUAAAAAAGAGAACUCCCUUCCAACACCAGACAGAAGCCUUAUCCCUAAGGCUGCCCCCUCUAUCCCACAGCAUUCCCUUCCUUCCCCAUAUUCCCAUAGCCAAUUCGGUUUGGAAUAUUUAUUUGUUAAUGUUAUUAAACCA